AUGUGCCACGUUGACAAUGGGAACCGAAAUAAAUUUUAUUUAAAAGAAGGAGUGGGGGUGAGAGAUGUGAGGAGCAGGGAGGUGGAGGGGGAGGAAGAGGAGGAGGAGUUGUUUAAAGGAAAAGAAGUUUGCUAUGAAAGGGUGGGAUGCUUUAAAGAUGGCUUACCAUGGACCUCGACUUUGUCAAGACAGUUGGCAGGUUUACCCUGGUCUCCAGAGGAGAUAAACACUCGCUUCCUGCUCUACACUAGGCACAACCCCAAAGCCCAUCAGAAAAAAUUUGGAUAUUCCCCUUCUAAAGUGCACUUGAUUGGCCACAGCCUGGGAGCUCACCUGGCUGGAGAAGCGGGGUCUAGGACGCCGGGCCUUGGAAGAAUAACAGAAGUGACUUCCUUCUUUGAUUGCAACCAUGCCCGAAGUCAUCGCUUUUAUGUGGAAAGCAUUCUCAACCCUGAUGCUUUUAUUGCUUAUCCUUGUAGAUCCUACGAAUCUUUUAAAGCAGGAAAUUGCUUCCAUUGUCCCAAAGGAGGUUGCCCAACGAUGGGUCAUUUUGCUGAUAGAUUUCACCUCAGAAAUCAGAAGCCUAAUAGACCAUAUUAUUUUUUAAACACUGGGGCUUUCUCCCCAUUUGCCCGUUGGAGACACAAAUUAUCUGUCAAAAUCGAUGGAAACAAUGUCACUCAAGGGAGCAUAUUUCUCCGUGUAGGUGGAAUGACCAGAAACACAGGAGAGUUGGAGGUGACCAGUGGAACACUGAAGCCAGGCGUGACAUAUACAAAAUUAAUUGAUGCAGAUGUUAAUGUUGGAAACGUUACAAGCAUUGAGUUCAUUUGGAAGGAACAUUCAUUCGGACGUUCUCAGAAUAAGUUGGGAGCAGAAAUGGUGAUAGAUAUAUCUGGAAAACAUGGGUAUGAAUCUACCUUCUGUAGCCAGGAUAUUAAGGGACCUAAUAUUGCCCAGAUCCUGAAACCAUGUUAAUCCCAGAUCCAGUCUUGAUGGAUUUUUUUAAUGGGAGCAAUGAAAAAACAAAAACAAAACAACCUCCUUCCAGUGUGUAAUCGGACCAAACUUGGCCUUUAAAACAGAUGUCAGCAGAGAGCAAAUCUCCCCUCUUUGAUCCAAACAUACCAAGUACUGCACCUGCACCCAUUCCAUCCGUUUUCUACUAUUGCAGCUUCCCUUCUCCUACCCA